CUUUCUGUCAAGAAAUGUCAGAAAUCAGCGACUGUGUGUACGAUUAGUUUAUAAUAUUUUUAUAUUUUUUUAACAAACUGUUUAUAUUAGUACGAGAAAACUUUAUAACUAGACUUCUGACUUAUAUUGCUGUAUAUUUUAAAUCAUGUGUUACGUUAUAGUAACUGGAAGGAGCUUAGCAUGGCUUUUACUAAGUUUGGUAGCAUUCAUGUUAAUUUUGACUGGUAUUAUGACUCCUAAAUGGCUUAUGGGCCAGCCUGUGGUGCUCAACGAGAAGAAUGUCACUAGUUUUUAUGUUCCUAGCGUCGGUAUUUACAAUAGAUGUAUCCGCAUGAGAGAUGACCAUAAUAACUGUGCUUCGUUCUCGUUCUACGGGCUAGCCACUGAUGCUGAAGUGUACCCUACACCAUGGAAGGCGGCCAUGUUCUUCCUGUCUCUGUGUGCAGCCAUACAAUUCGCGACCGUGUUAGCGGGUGUCAUGGCGUGCUGUGUGCAGUCUGUGUUUAAGAAGAGUGUCAUUUCAUUAGCUGGAGCCACUCAAGCACUAGGAGGUCUUUUCGGCGUGCUAGGUCUACUACUAUACCCUUGGGGAUGGGGAGCAACCAGAGUCAAAAGACUAUGUGGAGAAAACUCUGAACCUUAUAUACCAGGGGACUGUUCUAUUGGUUGGGCACUCUUCGUAACAGCAACAGGGGUAGCUCAGAUAUUCCUAGCGAGUGCACUUUCGAAGACAGCCGACAAAGCCGCUAAUUCUGACAAGGUACAAUUCCAGAUGGACGAAGGUAAACAAUUGAUUUGUUUAGCCUGAUUUACGGCUUAAAUGUUUACAGAAAGCGUUGACAGCCGGUUGUGUAAAAAACGGUUUUGUAAAAUUGGAGCCGGUUUUGUAAAAUUGUAUGCGGUUUUGUAAAAUUGGAUGCGGUUUUGUAAAAUUGCAUGUGGUUUUGUAAAAUUUGAAUAAGGUUCUGUAAAAUUGUAUCCGGUUUUGUAAAAUUAAUGUAAAAACAGAGAUUUUGUAUUUAUUCCCAGGAAGCGUUUUUACUUCGUAUAACGUAAAAAGCAUAAUAUAAAUCAAACAUUAAUUUUAUGUGGCAAAAUGUAAAAUUGCUACAAACCACUGUAAAUGUAUUGACAUUUUGGUGUAAUCUGUACCUACAUAUUUAUAAUACAUUUAUCUAUUAAUAAGUAUUAAUUAAUAUUUGAAAUGGAACUGCUUUUUAGUAGUUUUCGAAGUAUGUUUUGGGUAGUUGAUAUUAGUAACUCUGAAUGUAAGUAUGCCCUUCUUUCACACCAAAACUGCUGAAC